GCGCGUUCAUUUGGAUGCGCCAAGGAGUAGCGUCUCUCAGUGACGUUAGUAUAGAAAUUUAAUGCUACAAGUGUUCAAUAUAAAUAUUGAAAACUGCCUUAGGUUUGUCUGAUAUUCGUGCUUACUAUAUGAGAAUAACACGUGUUACCGUUAAAAUAUUGAAUCAGUUAUUUUAUAAUUUAGAGUAACAUUCUAGUUAAAGCGAAGAACACAAAUAUGAAGACACGAUCACACAAGACCAAUUAAAAAUCUAUUAUUUCUAUCUAAUCAAAAUAUAAGAGAAGAUCAAAAUCAAUGGAUAAUCCUGACCGUUUGUUUUUGUUAUCCCUUAUCAAUGACUUUCAACAAGUGCCCGAGGACAAAAAAAUGGACGUGAAACUUAGCAUAAUGCAAAUAAUUUCUAAUGCAAAACAAUCUCCACGACAAAAUAACAGCCAGAAUUUGACACAAAAUCAUCAAGAAGACGAUCAACAUCAACGUUUUCAAACUCCAACCUCUACUCCAAAUGAAAAUAUUCCUAUUCAUUCAUUGGAUGCAUCUCAAUCACGCUCUUCAAGUUCGGGUGCUCCUGAAUGUAUUAUCCUAAAAGUACUGGGACAAGAUAACGCUGUUGUUCAAUUUAGAAUAAAUAAAGACAGUACAUUUAGGAGAUUGAUGAGUACUUAUUGUGAAAGAACUGGUUUUGUUAUGGCCACAGUCAGAUUUAGAUUUGAUGGUCAACGUAUUAGCGAAGAUGAUACUCCUUUGUCUUUAGAGAUGGAAGAAGGACAUACAAUAGAUGUAUAUCAAGAACAAUUUGGUUGAUCAGUUUACUUAACUACUAUUAACUAUAUUUUAUGUAAAUUUUUUUUUUUUUUUUGGUGACUGUUUCGGUGGGGUUGUUAGAACUAUAAGCUUUAUAUUAUGAUGAAAAAUUCAUAGUUUCAAAAUGUACAUUUGUAAAAUUACAGUAUUCAAUAAAGUUUGGUUGACUUUGAA